CCAGGUGACUCCCAUUUCCACACUGACAGCAGUUCGUGCCUGUCUCAGCCUCAGCAGUAGCAGAGCUUCAUCCACAGCCUGCUCUGCUCACAGCUGACGCAGCAGCAGCAGCAGCCGAGUAUAGCAACAAAUAGCCGCGGACUCUGACUGCGAGGCGUCGGUCAUUUUUACACUACUAUUACUGUUUUGUUUACAAUGAAGAAACCUAAAAGACCUACAUCCUGACGUCCUCACUCACUGCGGUCAGCGAGGCUGAGUGACAUGGACGCUAAGGAUGUAAAGCUUUCAGCUGAAGUGGAACCAUUUAUCCCGCAGAAGAAAAUUCUUGAAGGACCCUUGGUCAGCAUGAGUCUUUCAGGCGACGUAGGUGGAGGAGGUGGCAGUGGAGGUUUAGGCGGAGGUGGAGGAGGCGUGGAAACCACUCCUAUACCCAGCUACCUAAUCACCUGCUAUCCAUUUGUCCAGGAGAACCAAGCCAACAGGCAACAUCCCAUGUACAAUGGAGGGGAGCUGCGCUGGCAGCAGCCUAACGCUAACCCCGGUGGUCCUUACUUGGCCUAUCCCAUUCUGUCCUCCCCUCAGCCUCCCGUGUCCAAUGAGUACGCCUACUACCAGAUCAUGCCCGCUCCGUGCCCUCCUAUGAUGGGCUUCUACCAGCCGUUCCCCGGAACCUACGCUGGUCCCGUACAGGCCGGAGUCAUCAACCCAGUCUCUGCAGAGGUUGGGGAGAGACCACUCCCUCUGGGGCCAGCAUAUGGGAUGACCAAUCAAAGAGGCCGAGGCAUGGUCCGACCAAAUUCUCUCCCCAAGCCACAGUUGGGUGUGUGCCAGCCUGCACGAGGUCGCAGGCCUCCCACCAGGAACGUGGCCGUGCAGAAGGAAGUGUGCACCUUGGGGCCUGACGGAAGGACCAAAACUGUCCUGUUGGUGGACGCCGCACAACAGACCGAUUUCCCAGGUGAGACAUCAGGUCGAUGUGCAGCCGAGCAGGCCAGCCCUCUCCUGUGGAAGAACCGCUCAAAAAGACGAAGGCCGUCGCAGGCGGCAGAGAACUACAGUGAGCAGGUCGCCAGUGAGGCGGACAUUGACAGUGACAGCGGCUACUGCAGCCCCAAACACAACCUGGCCGCGGGAGUUACACAACGAACAGCAGAACACAACACUGCAGCACCCACGGUCGUAGAGACUGGUGUCAUGACAGGUUCAGACUCAUGGGUGAAUGUACCCUGUCAGACUUCCAGUAAGUCCUGGGGCGACCGGAACGGCCAGUUUUACAGAGCAGACCAGAGGAAGAACCCUGAACAGAGGAGUUUCUCCCAGGAUUUCCACAGUGGUUAUCCAGGACGUUUACCAGCCAACCAAUCAGAACAAAGACUGCAGCUCGCAGUCACUGGUUCAAAUCUCACUCCAGAGCCUCUGUAUUUCGAGGAUGAAGAUGAGUUUCCUAAUAUUGCCUCUGGAGAAGCUGUGAAACGCACCAUCAAGUCAGAAUCUGCAACGGCCCAGACGCACACACAACCUAAGAUGCCCAAAAACCUGCUGGAUAACCUUUCAGAAAACUCCCCCAUCAGCAUCGUGCAGACACCCAUCCCUAUCACUACAUCUGUUCCAAAGAGGGCCAAGAGCCAGAGGAAGAAGGCUCUGGCUGCGGCCUUGGCCACUGCACAGGAGUACUCUGAAAUCAGCAUGGAACAGAAGAAACUGCAGGAGGCAUUUACCAAAGUGGCGGGAAAGAAGAGUAAAGCGUCAGUGGAGUUGGAUCUGGGAGACAUGCUCGCAGCUUUGGAGAAACAUCAGCAGGCCAUGAAGGCCAGACAACUCACCAACACCAAGCCACUGUCGUUUGCAGUUGGAACGACCACUCCAUUCCACAGCUCCAGCUCCACCAACUUGCCGUCUCUGUUGAAGGGUCAUCAGAAGCCUUACUCGGCUCCACACAACACCCUGGAUUCCACUAUGCCCAGGAUCAAGAGAGGAAAAGAGAGAGAGAUUCCCAAGGUGAAGCGACCAACGGCCCUGAAGAAGAUUAUCCUGAAGGAGCGCGAAGGGAAGAAAGGAAAGACGAGCGUGGAGCAGGAGGUGACGGGCCAGGAAGAGAACGGGGACGAGAGUCUUCACUUCACCGAUGAUCUCACACAGGAGCCUGCCUCCCAGGAAGUGUUUGUCCGCCACGUCCUCCAAUGUUUCCGUUCCCUUGGCAGGUACUGUAACCAGGUGCUGAGCAAGGAGAUCGACGAGAGCGUGACUCUCCUCCUGCAGGAACUGGUUCGCUUCCAGGAGCGGGUCUACCAGAAGGAUCCGACCAAGGCAAAGUCCAAACGCCGCCUGGUCAUGGGUCUCCGAGAGGUCACCAAGCACAUGAAGCUGCACAAGAUUAAGUGCGUGAUCAUCUCUCCCAACUGUGAGAAAAUCCAGGCCAAAGGUGGUUUGGACGAAGCUUUGUACAAUGUCAUUGCCAUGGCCAGAGAGCAGGAGAUCCCCUUCGUGUUUGCCCUGGGCAGGAAGGCUCUCGGACGGUGUGUCAACAAACUGGUGCCUGUCAGUGUGGUCGGCAUUUUCAACUAUUCUGGAGCCGAGAAUCUCUUCAACCGUCUGGUGUCUCUGACAGAAGAGGCCAGAAAAGCCUACAAAGACAUGGUGUCAGCUCUGGAGCAGGAGCAGGCUGAGGAGGCGCUGAAAAACGACAAGAAAGUUCCACACCACAUGGGACACUCCCGUAACCACUCUGCUGCCUCUGCCAUCUCCUUCUGUUCUAUCUUUUCUGAACCCAUCUCUGAAGUCAAUGAAAAGGAGUAUGAGACCAACUGGAGAAAUAUGGUGGAAAGCUCUGAUUCUCUGGAGCCCACAGAGAUAGAGCGGAGUCGCCCUCCACCUCCCGCAGCUGCCCAGAAGGACAUGGAGGCUCCGCCCACUGCCGUUCAGUCCAGCUCCGGCUCCAGCUCCAGGUCAGGACCACAGACCCAGACCAGCGGUGAGAAAGAGGAGGUGCGAGCUGACGACAAGCUGGAGCUGGCCUCGCAGCAGAGCACAGAAACAGGCUCGCUGGACGGAAGCUGCAGGGGUCCGCUCAACAGCUCCAUCACCUCCACCACCUCCACCCUCGUUCCCGGCAUGUUGGAAGAGGCGGAGGAGGAGGACGAGGAGGAAGAGGACUACACUCCGGAACCUAUAUCUGUAGAGGUGCCCACCCUCAGCAGCCGCAUUGAAUCCUGGGUUUCCAAGACUCUAGAAAACCUACAACUAGGAAAGAGCCAGGAGAGUACAGAGGACGAAGAGGAGGAGGAGGAGGAAGAGGAAGAGGAGGAGGAUGAAGAGGAGAGAACACAGAGUGAGGAAGAGGAGGACCUGGAUUCAGCUGACAUCACAGAGGCGGGGGUGGAGAGCAGAGAACAAGCCGAGGUCAAUAAGGUCGUCGGCUGAAAUCACUUUUUUUUUUACAUUCGCUCGUUCACUCCUUCUUCACGUCCCUGUUGAAAAGAACCAGCAGCUUCUCCUCCUGUUUGUCUCCAAACCCCUGACACCACACAUAAUCUCAGGUAUCCAACCACUGACAAGCACUCACACACAGCCCCUAAAACCGCCCUGUCAGGAGACUGACCAGCUCACGAACACGCAGGCUCACAGACCGACCAGUCAAUCACACAGUUUGAAGAACGGUGGACAUUAAACGUUUACACACCCGUCCGUGUAACGCAACAACAGCACAGAUCAAUUGUGAUUGGGUUGAUGAUUUAAAUAAAAUGACUAAGGGGCGGGGUCUGUUCCUUGUACACUUGCUGAGUUGAAUUUUAACUUCACACUUAAAUUUGCUCCUGUCGUCUUGUUGCUGGGAUGACCUUAAAAGAAUUUCUAGCAGAAACACUGAGUCAGUCUAAUCUAAAAUCUACAGUACAAUAUAAUAGGGAUGUGUAUUGGCAAUAAUCUGGCAAUACAAUAAGUAUCACAGUAUACAGGGGCGACGAUACGAUAUAUUGCGAUACAAUAGGCACGAUGAUAAAUUGAAUUGUUUUUAAAACAAGUUAAUUUUAGGCAAACUGUCAACAUAGUAAACCCACAAUGCUGUUCCAUCUGAACGUCAGGUCACUAACACUGGAACAGAGGGAUCUACAUUUGGAAUCACUAAAUAAAAGAAAGAAUAUCGAUACAGUAUCAUUACACAAAAUAUUGCGAUGAGAAAAUCUUGAUGUUGCGUUACACGAAUACGCUGGUUUUCAAACCCGGGUGUGUAAACGGUUCAUGUCCACCGUAGGCGACACUCCCUCCACCUGUAACCUGCUACACUUGAAUUCGGAGGGAUUCGUUUGAGUUCCCUCCUCUAAACUCUGACCACGUUCGGGGGAUUUUCUUGGAGCAACCGCCAAGUAGCAAUGAAGAGAAUACAGUGCUGUCCGUCUGCAGCUGACAGGGAAAGAAAGUCUGCUCCCAUCUUACUUCACACACCGUCAGCCAGGUUUACAGAUCUGCAUGUGUGUGUGUGUGUGUGUGUGUGUUUAUAUAUAGUUUAUUUUGUUCUGUGCAUUAGCUUUAUUUUGUAAAAAAAAACCAAACAAACAAAGGUUUUGUCCACCUCACUGAGGGAAGGAGGGACCGGCAGAUCCUGAUGAAUUCCUGCUCAGCUGAUGUUUCGCUUUUUCCUGCCCGAGUAUUCACAGUGUCGGGGCGUUGGGAGGGGGAGCUCACUAUUCCCACACAAACCACUCCCACCUGUCGCUCUUCAGUGUUGUACUUUUAAUGUUUAAAAAGUGGCUCAGUCAUGAAUUCAGAUGAUUUGAAUAAGCUUCGUGUACAUAACCUCGUCUCCGUGGUUUUACUACAGUGUGCAAUGUGUGUAUUUGUGUGAAACGUCCUCUGACUGCGGAGUCGUCCUCAGUUGCUGACUCUGCCCCUGUCCACUCUCUUCUGUGGGCUAGGAAUCUCCAGCUGUCUUUUAUUGUCAUCAACACUAGGGGGUGCUGCGAGGCCUUCUGUUCAAAAAAACAAAACAAAAAAUAAAAGUUUUGGUAAGCGUGUACAGUGGGUGAGUGAGUGUGAGUACUCAUGGGAGUACUGCAGAAAUGUUUAAAAAAAAAAAACUAGAAACCAGCAGUGGUAUUUAAAAACUUGUCAUUUUUAUCAGUAUUGACCAGAGAUGCGACAGGACAGUCGUCCAUGGUUCGACUUUCAUGUUUGAUUUUUUUUUUUUUUUUUUUUGUUUUGGUAGUUUUCACAGGAAAGAAUUAAGUAGAAAACAAAAUAUCUCACCUUCGCAAGUUAAUUAUUUCAGCAUUGAUUAGCAUUCCUGUUAUAUUGUACGACAUAAAAUAAACAGUAUCAUCAGUACUGCUCUACUCUAUUAGAGCCCCAGCCCUGACCUUGACACACAGAGGUCAACCUACACUAAAAACCAACAAGGUCAAAAGGUCUCAGUGGCAUCACAAAAAUCAACCAGCAAAUUCAAGUAUGUCAAAAAAUGUUUAUUUCAUGUUAUCAAAACCUUUGCAAGAACACAGAUAUUUGUAAUCAGUAAAGUGAGGUUGUAGUUUUACUGCAGUAGUCUCACAUGUACAUGGAACAAAUCCGUUCCUUCCUUCUCCCAAACAGCAGUUCAGUUCUCAGUUCAGUCCGUUUCACUCGUCUUCUUCUUCCUGUUCCAACAACAAACCAGAGCAGUGAGAUCACCAGGAUCAUGUGUUGAACCGUGGAGGCUGUAUCAACUCUUAACGUCUGUCAUUGUUGUGUCCAAUGACUCAGUUUUACUUUUUAUUAUUUUAGGAACAUUUUUUUGAAUCAACGCAGCCUUUAGUUGGAAUGAGAACAUCUACAAGUAGACAUAGGAACUCUGGAUGGAGCUUUUGUUUUGACAGAUAAAAUGAAUCCCUGUCCAGUUUCUUUGAGACCGCAGACAUUGGAGCUCUUUCCUCAGGGCAGAGUCGAAAGAAAUUUUCCACGUUAAUAUAUGAUAAAUCCUGUAAAUAUAAGUGUAUAAAAGAGAUUUUGAUUCAUUGGAAUUGUAUUAAAAUAAACACAAUCAUCCUGUUCUUAAAGCCAUUUGAUAGUUUUAAACCGUCAACCUCUGAGUAGAGAUACCUGACAGAACAGCGUGAGAUUACAGCCUGUCUGUGGCAAACACAGUGUAUAUAUAUACACAUAUAUUUAUAUAUGUUUAUGUAAAUAUGUGUGUAUAUAUAUAUUUAUAUAUAUGUUUAUAUAUGUAUAUACAUAUAUGUAAAUAUAUAUAUAUAUAUACAUAUAUGCAGUAUGUUGCGCCAUGACAGUGCUUCAUAGCUGGGAUCCUGAGAGUGUUUGUGGUCUGAUAAAGGUACGCAGUGUCAGCUUUGUGUUGCCAUAAAUUUUCCAUCAAAGUGUUUAAAGUUUGUUAAUUGACAGCAAGUGUUUUUGCACUAUGUAAAUAUCUAGUACUGGUUAAAGGUCUUGUAAACGAAUGUGAACGACAAAAACAAAACAAGGAAAAAAACCGAACCUGUUCAAUGAAGUACUUUUUCAGCGUGUUCUUUGUCUUUGUAUGGAUAUUUAUGGCCGCCUCCUCCAGACUUUGAAUCACUAGCGUUGUUGUUAAAAGGCUGUUUCUCAUAAUCCCUGUUGUCUCCUUAACUCUUUAACCUGUAUGAACAAAUGAAUAACAUCAUUAAAAUGUUGUUUAAGUAAAUGA